AUGGCAGAGCUCAGCUGUUGCCACUGUAGAGGUCGUGCUGCGGCGGUAUGUGUGGAACCCUUGGGGCCCUGGAAGAGAGUACCCCUGAAGGCUGGAGGUUUAAUGGAGAGACUUUGGGGAUGGAGGAAGGCUUACUCAGAAGAGUAUUUCAGAAUCUGAGGAUUCAUUUUAGGAAAAAUGCUUCUUCUUGUUCUUCAGAUACAGUACAUUUCAUUAAACCCAAUCUGGAGCUGUCAGACUGCCAACAAAGUGAUAUUGAUGUUAAGUUUCAUAGCAACACUUGAUGAUUAUACAGUUCCCAGCACAGCAGCAGCUGUCCUCCUCUCCCUGAACACAUGGGCUGCAGCCAUAGGUGGGAGCAUUUUGGCAGUCUGCACCAUUGCCGGGUGGCCUCAACUUCUUGGCCGCCUCAUUAGCUCAGAGAUGAAUACUGGGAGGGCUAUAACCACCAUCAUGACAUUCUGGACAUUAGUGUUAAUUAUUGGACUGGAUUUGAUUGCUGGGCCCCCAAAAAGCCUUGAAUCAGUUCAUCAAACAAAAAAUAAUUCUAAAAUGCUAUUCAGAAAAAGUGAAAAUUCCCUGAAACUUUUUUUAUGGAUGCUUAUUGGUAUAGGAUUGCUAUUGUUAGGACACUGAUAGAAAACUCAUGAGAAGGAAUUAGGCAAAGGUGUUCCUCAGGCACCAACCAAAGAAUUCUCAGCCCUGAUCUGGCCUUUCUGAUUUGGACGUGACAAUGAAGGUUGGCUUUAUCUAGAACAAUCGGCUAGUUGACUCGAUCAAACAGGUGUGCAGAUGAAGCUGGGCUUUUAUACAGAUUUUGGUCCAAGCACAAGAGAUCACACUUGGGGGAUUAUGGCUUUGUCAAAGUAUCCAAUUGUGAAAUCACAUCACUACCUUCUUCCAUCACCAUCAGGGAAGAUUGCUCACCUAACAAUGACUAUUAACUUUACCCAUGGACUGGAGGAUUUUGUUACUUACUUUGGGAAUAAUGAGGAUGACUUGGACAGCAAGCCCCAGGCACUUGCUAUUUCAAAUUUGCUGAAGUCUAGCUAUCAAGUGAUAUUUUGGGGCUAUAUCACUUCACUGGCCCCUGGCUCCAGAGACUAUCAACAGCUCAUUCAGCAUGGCAAUGUGCAAGACAUUGACAGCACAGAUCCUGACAGAUGGUGUGAAUGUAUCAUAUAUCGUGGGCUAAUAAGGUUGAGUUAUGCACAGAUCUCUCAUGCUGACCUGAGUGACUUUGAGCUUCAGGCCAAAUUCAGGAUUCCUAGUGAUCCUAGCAAUUAUAUGCACCACCAAAAAAUAAUUACUGACCCUGGUUUGAGACUUAAGGAGAGAAGCCGGAAACCGCAGCUGAAGGACUGCGGCGCGGAAGAGGGGCCCCAGCCUCGCCCGAGGAAAGGCAGUGCCCACCACUACCACCGAGAGCGGCCGGCCCUGCCCCGGGGGCAGCUGCAGGAUAGGGGAAGGAAAGGCGCCUUUCCCCCCCCCCGCCCCCACGACAGAGGGAUGGACGGGGCGGGGCGGGGGGUGGUGGCCGGAGGCCGGGGAUGGAGAAAGGGAGGAGGGCCAAGAGCUGAGGCAGUGGGGGGAGGGGGCGGUCCUAAUGGCCCCCGCCCCUCCCCGUCCCUCCCGGCUCUUUUGGGACAGUUUCUUGGGCUUUGUCUCGGAGGCCAGCCCCUCUCUGUGUGCUGCCUGUUUCUCCACCAAUCCCAAGCCCGGAGACCCGGGGGAGCCUCCGGGUCCAACCCGCUAGUGGCGCAGGAAGCCUCCAGUGGGGGCUGGGGCGAGGGUCGGACUCGGAGGCCAAUCCGGCCUCCCGCUUCGCCCGUUCACCAAUGGUGGAAGAGGGGGCGGUGCCGGGCGAGCCGGAGAGCCAAUGGUGGAGGCGGGGUGGACAAGCCGGGGGCGGGCUCCGAGGCCGCGGCGGGUACCCUGCCAGGAGCCGGAGCUGCUGCGAGCCGGCGGGGGCUUCGGGAGGCGGAGAGCUGA